AUCGUUCGUAAAGGGGUCCCACGUUGCUUUGAGUGUCUAACAUGAGUUUUAAACCCACACAGAGUGAGUGAUAUGUUUGGUGUGUGGCGACGAGCCAGAAAAACAAACCUCCGCUCCUACUUGCGCUGUGGUUGCACUUACUUCAGCGGGGCUCCCGAGUGCUGCUUUGCCGCUUUCGUCCUGCAUUUCCUCCCCCGGCACAGGUGGUGCUUCACUGCUUUAGACGUCGCUCUUUAAUCCAUAUUUUACAUGGGGGAGUCCUCUUAGAAGUACACCAUGUUGCUGUAGUUUUAGUGGCAGUUGAAGAAGUUCGGUCGGCGUUAACCGAGUGAGACACAGCAGCAGGGAGACAUCAGCGAUGACGAUAAGGAAACAGGCCGGUGGGCGGUGAGGUGAAGGACUAGGAGGCUGGGCGCUAGUGCAGCACUUCCUCCCUACCUGCUGUGAGAUGUUUAGGGAGGGGUAACGUGAGUCAUGGGGAGCAACGUGGAGACUGUGAUUCUGAUUCAGCUAAAAUCCUCGUUAUGGAGGGGUGAGGAGGAAUAAAACCACAACUGGGUGAAAGCUUGAAGAAGUGAGAAGAUUUGAGGAUUUCAUUGAGAAAAUGGAAUUCCAAAACCUAUUGAAGAUCGAUUGGAGCCAGUAUUUUUGCAAUCGGCCACAAGUGGAGUUUGAUACAAGUUCGAAGCAUCAUCUCCUCUGCAGUGAGUUGAAAAGCAGCUCUGUCAGGCUGGAGAGCAAUUCAGAUCCAUACUGCAGCAUCUGGACCGACGCUCAGCAAGCAAGAGUCAAGAGUUGUAACAAUCGGUCAUUUGCCAUGGAUGCCAGAAUAAGACUAGAUAAUUUGAAGUCGGGGUGUAAUUCACCCUUGCCUUGCGGUGCCACGGAUAGGAUGUUGUUCAACUAUAACUUUCAAAAAGACCUCUGGGACAGUGAAGAGUCACAAGAAGAAGAGUCUGCUUUGGACUCGGUGGAGCUCCUUGAUGUAGAGGACAAUGUGCAGGAUGAAGAGAGCUGUAUUCCUCACAGGUUAUAUGAGUCAAAGAAGCAGGUGUUGGCGGAGAGAAGUGAGUCUGCUCUGAAAUGGUGUCGACACGUCCUGGAUAACCCCAGUCCUGAGAUGGAGGCUGCAUGUCGUUCACUGAUAAACAGGCUGGAACAAAGAUCAAGCAUGUGUCAUUUCUACAGACAUCCUGCAGUUGGCUUCUCUACGGAAAAAACAUCUGUCAGCACAACACACAAUAUCUCUGACAGUUCAGACUACAGAUUGCAGGACAUCACAGAUGUCCACAUUAUGGCUCGAAUACAGGAAGCCAGUUUAAGACAGGACUAUGUUUCCAUGCCUGCCAGGAGAAGCCCUGAGUCACCACCUGGUCUAUCGUCACUGAGCUCUUCCCUUCGCCAGUCAUCAACACCAGUAGCUGAGCAGGGCUGCCGAAGUCCAAAACUGGCCAGACUUCACGAGCAAGUCACCCAGUUCAAACUGCUGAAACUUGCUCAGAAUCAAGCAACAUCACCAGGCAGGACCAGGUCACCUCUGCGUACCAGCCUCCGCUCUCUCCAGGCUGUUAGGAACAGCCGAUGUUUAGACAACAACAACUGGCAAUCUGCUGACCAAAUCACGUACCCACCAUCAGCGCCUUCCAACAGCUCGCUGCACUCAGUGAGAGACUCCUCAGACCCGACGACAGCUGUGAAGAGACUGCUGAGGUCUCAGUCUCUCAGCCCCUGCAGGAUCCCUCACCCUGCUAAGGGAUACUUGUCGGUUAAUGGACGCGUUUAUGCCUCACCCGAGAGGUCGACCGUAGCAGCUUGGGGCACCAGUGUGCCAUUCACUCAAAGGUGAAAGGUGUCACCAGUGAAUCCCUGAUAGUAAUGAGGUAGAAUUAAAACAUUGAGACAUUUAUGUCAUAGCUUGUAUUCAUUUUUAAUCUAACUAUUAACAAUAAUAUAAUUAAUCCUUUAUAGCAAGGCAUCUUACUCUGGGUGAAGACAGUGUCUGUGUGAAGUUCCCAUCAAAUGGGCUGGGAUCUUUUUUCUAAAAACUGAUUGUAGAAAAUGUGUAGCUGACAAUGUUGUGAGCAAAACUUGACAGAAGCAUUCUAGAGGGUUGAGUUAUACAUUACCAAGACAUCCUCUCAGACAGUGUUGUUUGAACAAAAACCUAUUUAUU